UUAAGAAAACUACAAGGGCUAAUACGUAAAAAUCUCCUCUCCCUACAUUUCUCGACAGAAGAUCAUUUCCUUCUUCUGAUCCGCCGAGGAGAAGAAGGGUUCGGAUUCUUGCUUCCUGCUCCAAAUUCAACUGAUUUAUUGAUUCUAGAGGUUCAAGAUGGCAAAGGCUACUGGUAAUGAUGCGCAAGCGCUGAUCCAUUCUCUGCGUACCGCUUACGCUGCCACGCCAACCAAUCUCAAGAUUAUUGACCUCUAUGUGGUUUUUGCCAUCUUCACGGCGUUAAUUCAGGUGGUAUACAUGGGCAUAGUUGGAUCUUUCCCAUUCAACUCUUUCCUUUCGGGCGUACUUUCCUGUGUUGGUACUGCAGUUCUUGCAGUUUGUCUUCGCAUCCAAGUCAACAAAGACAACAAGGAAUUCAAGGACUUGCCACCGGAGCGAGCUUUUGCCGAUUUUGUUCUCUGCAAUCUGGUUCUCCACCUUGUGAUCAUGAACUUCCUCGGAUAGAACUACAUUAUUAUCAGUAGGAAAACGUCGACGAGUGUCUCUUUUCAAUGAGUUUGUCUAAGAUGUCAUGAUAAUAGCAGAAACGCCAUAGUCCUAUGUUUGAAGACCGCAGCAAUAUGUAUUAGGUCUUAUCAGUUUUCGGAUAUGUCCAUUUAUAGUACUCUCAUAAUCAUAUACCUAGUUGAAGAUUGUACUUUUGCCUCUCUCAUUUCUCAGGAUCUCGACUUAUCUUUAAUCAUUUUGAUGGUCGUGUGUCUUGAUGAAUGGUGUAUUCAACUUGAACUCGAGAUUGAAGUUCUUAUUUAUUUAUGAUGUCUGAUAUUGUGCGGGAA